CAUGGGUUUAUUCUGUGUCCUAGGAUGUUUUUCGGGUCCAUGUGAGUGUUUGAUCCCGGUCAGAGGUCAUGCUGCGGAGGGAGUCUGACAUCCACAGCCUGUUUACCUCCGGAGAGACAUCCGAUAAUGACUGUGAGAUGGGGGCGAGUUGUGAAGAGGUAGAGAUAGUGUGUCUGUGCGAGGCUGGUCCCUGUACACUUUAUUCAGAAGCACACGCGCCUACGCUGGACACUCUGCUAUGUGAACACUGUGGAAAAAACAGAGUCAUGUUAACCAGGUACUCUGAGGGAUAUGGCACAGAGGAGGAGUGUGCAUUAUCCGACCCUCAGGGAGAAAGUGAUGCAGACGCUGACAUAGAAGACACAGACUGCAGACUCCAGGAGCACAGUUCUCUCCAGCGAAUCAGCUCGCGCAGGCGCAAGCGUCCUCGAGUGGCGCGUCAAGACACCACGGAGAGCGAGGACGACGGCGGGCGGAGCCACAAGACCCAUCGCUGGAACCUGCGUCUGAGUCCUGACAGGGCACACAGCAAGACCAUCCUGGAGGAGAGUGUUUCACAGGUGAGGCCGCUGAUCAUCACUGGGCCCAACGUUGAGAAGCAGAAGAGUCCAGCAGGUCUGCCCCGAGGUUCUAAACUGAUGUCCCUGUGGCCCUCGUCGCUCUCUCUCCCCGUCAAACUUCUGCUCCUGCUGCCUGUCUCCCUCUCCCUUGUCAUGGUUAUAAUCUCUUUCCUGCUGCCCAGGACCGCCACAUGACAUAACAUUCUGUUUUCCAAACAUCACACAAAUGUCAUCAUGUCUUAUAAUGUAAUAGAUAGCAUAAAUAUUUUUUAUUUUUUUAAAUGAGGAAUAUAAACUACAGUAGAAGAUAGUUAGAAUUGAUUUUUUUUCUGUUUAGGGCACAAUUAAACUCCUGAAGGAUGUUAAACCCGUUUUUGCCAGGUCUUUUCACUGAGCAUACAAUCACAGCUAAAAGUAAAAUACAAACUGAGUUCUUGGCUGUGUCUCAAAGCUCACCCUAAGUUUCAGUUUCUCACCCCCUCGUUUGUAAAAAUAGACCUCUCAUCUUGCGCCGUUGUAAUGAGCUGCAAGAGCGAUAUGAGUGGGGGGUGGUGGUGCAGAGAAGCACAGGAACUUUCAAAUAGGGUAAUAACACACUCAGUAGGAAAACAUGUGAAAUGCUGCUACACUAUGCAAUUCCUCCAUUCCUCCUGCAGCACUGUGAGUGCUCUUAGAGAUCUUCUGCCUGGUUGUGUCCUUGGCCCCCAUCCCAUAACAGCCCCCCCCCCUGAGGAGGGAGUAUCUUCUGGGACCCGUGGCUCUAAAUAGCGUGCAACCCAAUUUAAAAGGCAAUAGGAGCUGAGAUUAGACAUAGCGUCUCUGAUGUAUAGUCUACAGAACAUGGAUUUUCUUUUUUUUCUAUUGUUUAGGGAAAUAGUUUAAACAGCAGUCCAUCUUUGUUAUUUCUUCAUGACAGAAUCUUUCUGUGUUUAUAGUGAAAUGAGCUGACCUCAAAACAAAAUAAGCUUUUUGUGAAAGAUACUGUAACGAUGUACAAUACCUUCAUAUACACCUAGUUAUUCCCAUAAUGCCAACAUGACAAAUGUUGAUCUUAUUUAUGUGGGUUAUUGUAUAAUUGUUUAGAAAAACUGAACUUGACAAUCAAUCACACUAAUUGUUGCAAGCUGAAAUGCCUUUUUGGCUUCUGCACUGUGUUAUAUUUAUUUAUUUUAUUAUAUGGUGUUCUUUUAACUUAUGAGUGAUCUUUGAACUUUUUUGUCCUACAUGACAGGAGAGAGAAGUGGAUGUUAUUGAUAUCAUUGUGUUGUACUGUAUUCUAGUCCAAACUGUGAAUAAGUUUAGUAUAUGAAACCCUUAUAGGUUUUCUACCCUGGUGUUUUCCCCUCCUAAAGCUUGCUUUUCUUCCAGUGUAUACUGUACGUACAUUCAUCUUUGUAUAUCAUGGGGCAAUAAAAGAUCAAUAAAACUAGAUUGUAUUUUAACAAAAAGAUGUUGUGGGGGUCUAUUAAUAGAACAUUUUUUUUAUUGUUUGAAAGGUAUUUAUUGAGCAAUAUAAAAACAUAAUAUUUCUUGUUGGAGCGAGGUCUGUGAAGUGUAAGCUAUUAUUUUGGGCAGCGGAUGUAAAAACAUGAGGUUUAAGCUUGAAAAGAAGAAUGUAAGUAAGUAGUUAUUGAGGUGCUAUGUUGUGUCACCACAUAAGGACAGAUUGGCAGACAAGAUGCAGACGAAUUAUUGGUGCUAAUCCCGCAUUCGCAUCUAACGGUGACUAUUAGCUAAUGCCGUUUAAGUUAGCGUCUGCUUUGUAGAUUCCUAUUAAAUAUCAUAUGAAAGGGAGUAUUUAAUGCUGUUCUGAUGUUAGGACCAUGUUAGAAUACAACAGGCUAAAAUCAAAAAUAUAUGAACUACUCAGACAUCACAAUAUUUUACACUGAUUUGGGAUUUGUUAAACCUUUGAUCUAAUUCCUACAACUAGAGCAUUGAGACUUAUUAUGUAGCUUUUCUCUACCACAGGUGAGCUGGGUGUAUUGUUAUACUGGCAAUAUUUCUACUUCUUGAAGGAUGGAGAGAUAUACUAAUAGGAAUAAUUGUGAUUUCCAUUCUUUGAAACACCCAUUCAUUUAAAAACAUAUUUAGUUGGUUGCACUUGGAAACUUCACCAUUAGAUGUCACUAAUUCUAAGGCACAGUCAGUUUGGGUGGCUCAGGCCUAGAUUUAAUUCAUGAUUUGGUAAGAAUUUCCUCGAGAAGCAGUGAGAAAAAAAAAGUUGAUAUUCAAAUAAAAAUUUAAAAACACCUCCACAGAAACUUUUUAAAGCAAGUUAUUGCCUUUACUGAAAGAAUUG